CAAUAAAAUAAAGGCAGUGUUCUUGUUGAGGGCAGGCCAGCACAGGCAAACACGUGCUCACGUAGCAAGAAGAGCGUAAAAACUGACUGAAGGCAGAGAGCAUUCCCUGGAGAGGUGUAUCCAGCAUUUUGGUCCGAUAGAGGCUAGGACAGACUUGAAGUUUUGAGGACAAGACGCGAUUCCUGUUUUCACAACCUUCCCACCGCCUGAUGCUCCACGGACUGCUGAGAAAUGGAGUGUCGGUGUGACGGGGACAAAGCUGAGGAUGCUGGUGCAGGUUGGUGGCUGGGCGGCAACAAUGUCCAGAUGGGAGCUUUCGCCGUGGUGGGCUAUCUUCUCUACAGAUUCUCACAGACUCUCCCAGUUCUGAUCCGAUGGCAAAUUCGUCUCUUCUGCUAUUUAACUGGCUUGUCGACUCUGUGGGGCUGGGUGAGCAAGUUAGUAGGAACCCUGCGUGGAAUUAAGAACAUGGUUAUAUGGCUGUCUCGAUUUUGGCGGUUUAUGGUUGGCUUUCCCUCCAGGUUCAAGUGGUUUGCUGCUGUCAUCAAAGCCAUGACAGGGUCACAAGGAGAGGAAUCUUCAGAGUCACUGACAGAUACUAGCCUUCAGAAGUUGACCCACGACCUCUCCAGCAUCAGCUCUACCCACACACAAGGCCUGAGGCUGAUCCUCCUGGGGCCCAGCGGUGGAGGACGGACCUCACUGGCCGACACCUUGCUGGGUGCCGGUGGGACAAUCGUCUCCAAGGAUCCACUCACGCAGAGCACCAGGUGGAGGACGGUCGUGGACGGUAGAGACCUUACGCUGAUUGACACCCCCGAUGUUCUGGGAACAUCAAUGCAGAACGACCAGAGAGCCAGGGAAGCUCUGAGGAGCCUUCAGCUCACAAACCCUGGACCACAUGCUGUCUUGUUGGUGAUCCGGGCCCGGGGAACCAGCACUGGGAUAGACCAGGAUGCCACACGGGCAAUCCGAGCCACCGCCGAGCUGUUUGGAGACGGAGUCUCCGAGUACAUCAUCCCGCUGCUCACUCACGCAGACUGCCUGCGUCGACAGGACGACGUGGAUGAGGACGCGUGGAAUCUGAAAGGGAUCACAGCUCUAUGUGGCCAGAGACCAGAGCUGGUGGAUAACAGGUCAGACCUGCCGCCCAAAGAGCAGAGCGCGCUUCGCCAGCAACUGCUGAAGCGUGCGAUGCAGAUGAAGGAGGGGGGGGAGCAUUUUGCUCAUGAGCUGCAGAGGAGAGAGGACCAUCUCAGGGAGGAGCUGCUCACCGACAUGUCCACUGCACUGGCCAGAAAACUGGGGCACAUAACACUCUGGCCGCGAGACGGGCGGAUGCUUUUUUUGGCAUUCCUCUCCGCUGAGCAUCAAGCCGUCGUAGCAACUGUUCCAGUGGAAGUGAAGCUUUGUGGUCAGCACUCUGGUGAUGGAAAGAACUGCAAAGCGAAAAGCUCGGUGAUAGUGUGGACACGACUGUCAACGCGCUCGCAAACGCACAGAGGAUGGAGGAAGUGGAAGGGCGGGGGACCGUGAUGGUGGUUUGAUUGAUGACCCCCUCUGUUGCGCUGCUGGCGGAGUAAUCUCUCACUGUGGAGCGUCCAGAAUAUGUUCCUUUGAGUUUAUUUGCUCACAAUCCCAUUCUGAAUCCCGCUUUGAUUGGUGGAGAGAGCAGGUGCUGCUCAGUUGCUUUUCUAUCCGCUCCUCACCCGAGACAGUACGGAGGAACCCACGAGCCCCUCUCUUCCAAGAGGCUGAGAGGUGGCUAUGGCAACGGUUGCCAUGCCACCCAUGUAGCGUCCUGAAAACUAGCGGUUGUGGAUGUAGUGGUGGAGCUGGAGGAGGCGUACGUGGCGGCGAGCGUCCGGGGAUGGGAAGCACUCCGUACCCGGUGGGUGAGUGGAAGGAGAAGGGGCGAGGCGGCCUGCAGGAGCUGGGCUGCAUGCCGUGGAAGGUCAGCAAGCAGAAAGCUGGCGGAGGAGGAGGAGGUGGGGAAGCGUUGAGGGGAGCGGAGGAGAGGAGGUGCAGAGAUCCCAGGGACAUUCAGCAGCAGCAGCAGGAUCUCUCCUCCUCCUCUUCCUCCUUCAGCCCUCCGCUUUCCACCCAGCCUUCCCCGACACCCCCGGCCAUUUAUCACGAGAAGCAGCGGAGGGAGCUCUGCGCUCUGCACGCGCUCAACAACGUCUUCCAGGAUGGGACAGCCUUCAGUCGGGACGCCCUGCAGGAGAUAUACCAAAGGCUUUCUCCCAGCACAAUGAUGACAUCUCACAAAAAGAGCAUGCUGGGAAAUGGGAACUACGAUGUAAAUGUCAUCAUGGCUGCUCUGCAGACCCGAGGGUUUGAGGCAGUUUGGUGGGAUAAAAGAAGGGACGUUGGAAGCAUUGAGCUAUCCAAUGUGGAGGGCUUCAUUUUGAACGUGCCAUCCAAUCUGCGCUGGGGGCCCCUCCGGCUGCCGCUCAAACGCCAGCACUGGAUCGGAGUCCGGGAGGUGGGAGGGGUCUACUACAACCUAGACUCCAAGCUGCGUGGCCCGCAACCCAUCGGCGAUCCAGAUGAGCUCAGGAAGUUUCUGCGCCAGCAGCUGCGAGGGAAGAACUGUGAACUCCUGUUGGUGGUCUCAGAAGAAGUGGAGGCACACCAGACGUGGCGGUGUGACAGCUGAGGCCUCUGACGGCAGAGCGGGGACGGGCCGGGAGCCGCUCGCAGUGAUGCGCCCCUUACAGACGUCCCCCCCCCCCUCCCGCGCCCAUUUUCUUGGGAUUUUGUUUACACGGCCGUUGUUGGACACUAAGUCUACGAUCCAAAGCAGUGAGGGAAGCAAACGCUUUGCAGGGAGAAUCAAAGCGUCGCAACACGGUCUCUAACAACACCACAGCGCCGAGACUUUGAAAAUAUUAUGCUGUUCCUGCUAUUCUUGUCUGGGUUUUUUUUUUUUGUUAUUAAUGUUGUUGUUUAGUUGUUGUUGUUUUUUACAUAUUGAUGCAUAUUUUUCAGUCCGUUAUUAUCUUUGAUUGUUUUGCCUUUUUAGGCUGUAUGAAAUCCAUCUGCCUGCCUCCCGGAGUGAGCCUCCCUGCUUCGGUCGCAGUGCUCGUCCUUGUUUUUGCCUCUCUCCUCGGCCAGCCCAAAUCUCGCCCUUCCCGCCCCUCGCUCUCCCCAAAAACGUGUCCUUCCUCGUAUGUGCGUCCCGUCCCGAAUCCCCUCACCUCACCAGCCGACGUUAGAGGUUUGCCGCGCGGCCCACUCUGUGUUUGGAAAAAACCCCGGCACGGACUGUAGAAACCUUUGCCGACUCAGCAGUUUUAUACGGCAACAAAGCAAUGCAACACUCAGGCCAAGUGCUCCCUCCGGUGGACGUUUGCCUCAGCUUGCUUCUAAAAAGGGAGGAACCUCAUUUAUCCUGUCGUUUGAAACUCUCCUCGCUCAAAUGGUUCCUGUGAAAUAAUGAAGUCUGUUUAUUAUUAAGAGGGAAUUGCACUACAAAAACAAAAAGAUUGCCCUUUAAUACAAAUUUAUUUUGUAUGAAGAUGUGAUAAUCAACAGGUUAGAUUGGCUGGAUAUUAAGGUUUGUUUUUUUGGGUUGGGGGCACAGACGAAAAAAAAAGAUCAGCUCUGUAAUUCUGGUGAUUUGAGAUCAAAGUAUAUCUUGACUCAGUUUUGACUUUGUUUUCAUGUUUUGGGCAAACUAACAAAGAGAAGGCGCUCUUAGUAGCUCUGCCACGGAAGGAGACGUGCCGACGUGGAUGUUCAGAUUUUGCAAAACCGGAUUUUGUGCUGAACACUGGCACUGAUCUCAACAAAUCAGAGUGUAAAUUCACCAAUUAACAGUUAAAAGUGUAUCCGCAAAAUGCAUUAAUAGAACUGGAGCUAAGUUUAGUAACUUUUAUUCUUUGAGCUCAUCCCGGACUGGGAGCUACCAAUGAAAUUUAUUGUCAUUUCUAAAUGACCGUGACAGUUGGUGAUAUGUAGCCGAGUUGAAUGUAUUUGAGAUGUGUGCCCACUCCAACUUUGAAUAAGAAACAUUCAUUUCUUUGUUUCGGUGUGCUUUGUUCUUUAGUUUAGGAGCCCCUUCGUCUUGCUCACUCUGGAGCUUUUAAUCCUGUAAAGUCCACAUCAGCAUGGAUGUAAAGGAUAGCUUUCACCUUUGUGAGAAAAAUCCACCAAAAUCACUGUGUUUUGUAGUUGGGUUUGGAACAGGAGCGUUUUGUUAGAAAACUGUGAAAUGGUGGCUGUUUUCUUACUGACUUUAAGGCAAUCUCUAGAUAAUUUUCAGAGCUAAAUACCAUACCGAUUGGAAUUGACAGAGCCAUUAGAUAAAGUAUCUUCAUUCUUUGAACUCUGAACGGAAUUUAACAUUUCAAAUGAUAGAAUAUACGCAGGAACACAAUGAAUGUCAUUCGUUUUCCUUUUGGACGAAGUCUUUUUGACCAUGUAAAACAAAGCAAAUAGAUUUGAGCCGCUGUUACUGAGAAAAAGAUGUCUAUUGCUCCAAAGCAAGCAAACUGAUUUUGAUUUUCAACUAAAGAUUUCCUUUGUCAAAUUAUUUUUACAUGUUCUUAAGAAGGCGUCUCUUUCGGGCUCCGAGACACGGCAGCCCUCUGUAGCACAGGAGCUCCUCAUCCCCUGUAGAGUCUCUUGUCAGACCUGAGAGGUCCACGAGUCUUUUACAGUCAGUAGCGAGAAUUAGUGGUUUAUGGUUCCGUGUGAGGAGACUAUGGGGGUUUGUUUGGGUGGUGGAAAGUUGUGAAGUUGCAAAUGGAAGAAAAAGUGGAGAGCCGAAGAGGGAAAUUUGGAAUGCGAAGGAAAAGCUGAUGGGAAGUCGAAGCCAGAUGUGCGUUGGGAUGAGGCUUUACGAAACGAGCAUCGGUGAGAGAUUUGGUUGUUGUAGCUUUCAGAUGUACCAGCUCUGUACUCUAUGUCCUGUCUUUUAAUGAGAACAUCGGCCUUAACUUGUUUACAUUGGGUGGGGGGGGGUAAGUGUUGAUAAGAUGUGUUGAGAGGGGAUGUGCAUUUGGCACCACUUCAGGAGACAACAUCAUACUAUUAGAAGAGCAGCAGCCAGAGCAUUUCCAUUAUACGGAGCAGCUACUGUUACAGGUUUCCCUUUAAUGCCACGGACUUUCAGUCCAACGCUGAAGUUCAAAGUGGUAUGACAAACCCACAAUCACAAGAUAUCAGUGGUUUCAUGUCUAACUGGAGAGAAAUGACAGCCUGAUACUGACUUAGAACAGUUGCUAGACCUUUAAUGUCUCCACAUACAGGUGAAAGUACGUCAGACCAGCUGAGGAGGUUUCAUUAUUUGCCCAAACACAUCAUCCACUCGCACAUUCAGCAUCGGCUUUAUUGCAAUGACAAUCCAUUCAGUCCUUAUUGCUUAAGGAGCCCCGGUUGUCACGGUAUUUUAUUUUUUCAUUGAAAUAAAAAGCUCAUAAUGGCA